AUGGUUAUGCGCAGAUUAUGGUUAAUUAUUACCCUUUUGUCCCAAUUUUUUGUAGAAUAUUGUCAUGGUAGCAAUUUUAUAACCAAAUCAUUAUUCAUCACUCCUAAUAGUGUAAAAUUUUAUAGUGAUAACGUCCCAAAAAUUUACGCAUUGCUUAAGACUAGGGAAAAACUUGGAAGGCCUCAUUCUGCAAGGAAAGCUUUAUUACGUGCACUGUCUACACAAGUUUUAAGACAUGGGCGGAUAAUUACAACGGUUAGCAAGGCAAAAAUGGCUCAACGGAAGGUGGAUCGCAUGAUUACAUAUGCCAAGAAGGCUGACAAGAACCAUGCGAGAAAAUUGCUCCAGGGUUACCUAUACGAUAGGGAAUUAAUCGAAAACAUGCUUGAACAAGUGCCAACCAGGUAUGCAGAAAGGCAUGGCGGUUACACCCGAGUUAAAAUACUUCACACCAAGAGAACAGGUGAUAAUGCUAGGAUGGCCCUGCUCGAGCUAUUGGAAUAUUGA